UCCCUGCGAAGACCUGAUCAGGCAGCAGUAACAGGGACUAGUAUUCUUUCCUGGGAGGUGGACACCUUCUCCUCCAGCCUGAGGAACCUCCUUCAAGGUCUGCGCUGAAUCAGGCUGGCCCGGGCUCUUCCUGCUCUGGGUGGUCACCCUCUCCUUCGGAAAGCACCCCGGGCCUAGAUCGCCAGCCCCAGGCCCCUGGAGUCCACGAUGCCGACGGAUGCAGAGCCCUCAGUGCUGGCCAAGACCCUCCACCUUGUCUUCCUCUCCACCUUCUGGGGAAUGCAGAUUUGGGUGACCUUCAUUUCAGGCUUCGUGAUGGGCGGAAACCUCACUCGGCACACUCUGGGCUUCAUCCAGAGCCGGCUGUUCCCCUAUUAUUUCCACAUCGGCUCUGCCUGCUCCUUCUUCAACCUGACCAUCUUCGCCAUGUGCCACCCCAGGGAGCUGCUCAACGACGAAGAGACCACCCAGCUCAUCAUUUUCUUCGUGUGCGUCAUUGUGUCUGCACUGAACGCCCAGUGGUUUGGCCAGAUGACCUCAGAUAUCAUGGCUGACAUGCACCUCAUAGAGCAGAGCUACGGCCUGGGCCAGGACAUCGGGUUCUUCUCACGCAAGUCCUAUACCCGGCUGCGGGACUCCAACCCCAAAUACAGGCAGUUGUCCAGCCAGCUCAACCGUUAUCGCUUCCUCUCCUCCCUCUGCAACCUGGGAUGCCUGGCGUGUAAUGGCUUCAGCCUCUGCCACAUGGCUACUAACCUCUCCACCCUGUGACCGGGGGGCUGGCCAGGACACCCAGCCUUGAUUCUUGGGGGCUGGGCCAGUGGGAACAACAGCGCCUUUUUGCCGGGAAGGACCUGAGCCAGGUGGUAUAGUGGAUGGCGUGUGGGACUUCGGGUCAAGAAGGCUUGAGUUCCAAGUCCUGCCUCAGAUUCCUGGGCAGGGAAUGAAUGAAGUCUGCUCACCUGUAAAACAAGGGGCUUGGACUCUGCUGAGGUCCCCUUUAGCCCUCCAGCUAUGAUCCUGUCAUCUCAGGAAGUCUAUCUCCAGCCUUUUCUUAGAGGCUAAGGUCAACGGCAGUGCUUUGGAAAGAACACUUUGAGUCAGAACCUUGUUUCCCAUCUAUCUUCCUCGUAAAAGGUUUGGGGAGUCCAUAAAGAGAUGGAAGAAUGACUGCUUGAAAGACUGAAUGAAGGAAAAGUGGAUGGAUGGAUGGAUGGAUCGACAAAUGGGUAGAGAGAUGGAUAGAUGAGUAAAUGGAUGGCUGGAUGGGUGGGUGGGCAGAUGAGUGUGGAUGGAUAGAUGGGUGAGUGGAUAGAUGACGGAUGGAUGAAUGGAUGAGUGGAUAAGUGGGUGUAGGUGGGUGGUGGGAUGGAUGAAUAAAUGGAUGCAUAUACAAAUGGAUGGUUAAGGAUGAUGAUGGGUAGUCCUAGUCCUGAUGUAUAAUUAGAAUUUUCCAUCCCAGAACUCUCUUUCCCAGCUUCUGAUGUUCCUUCUCACGUUAGGUGCUAUCUUAGGGAGGAUAUAUUUUGAGUGUAGCUACGCCCUUUCUCUUUUUUUCAGGAACUUGGCUGGUGGAGGUUGGGUGGGUGCUAGGCAGGAGACUUUUACUCACGCGUUAUUUUCUUAGGCUUUCAUACUUUUGUUCUUUUAUUUCUUCUACUUUGGAGUGAUUAAUAAACUCUAUAAAAUAUAA